AGACCUCUACCGAAAGUGCCCGUACCACCAAUAGAACACACGCUGGCCAGAUAUUUGGAGUACGCUCGGGUGGUGGCCGAUGGCGAUAAUGCAGCGAUAACACGAACUGAAGAGGCCGUGACGAGAUUUCUCAAAAUUGGGAUUGAACUACAAAAGAAGCUGGAAAAAAUUGCUGAACGAGAUGACAAUUGGGUGAAUCGAUAUUGGCUACCUGAGAUGUAUCUGAAGAUACGAUUGCCCUUACCGAUGUACUCGAGUCCAGUUUAUGUAUUUCCACGGCAAACCUUCAACAAUUUAAAUGAACAGCUCAACUAUACAGCAUGGUUGGUUCGUGGUAUUGCCGAAUAUAAAGAUCUUAUCGAUAGACGACUGGUGGAACGUGAGAUGUCAACUGGAAUGAAUAAGGUUCGAAUGUGUAUGUGGCAAUACGAUCGUGUUCUGGGAUGCUAUCGUGAGCCUGGUUCACCCGUUGACAUACAACACUUCAAGAAGGUGCCGCCACCUACAGCCAAUCCGAACUGGAAUGAGCAUGUGCUCGUGAUGUGCAAUAAUCAAGCAUUCAUAAUGAGCAUUCGUGUCGAUGGCGAGCUGCUUGCCCAGCCGGAUAUUCGGAAACAACUCGACGAGAUUGUGCGAAUGAGUGAGAAUCGACCCGGUGGUACGGUAAUACCGAUUGGUGCCGCCACAGUGGGCUAUCGUGAUGAUGCGGCCAAAUUUUGGUCGAUAAUGAAAGAAGUACCGCAAAACGAAGAGACUCUUGCGUUGAUCCGAUCGGCAGCAUUCGGUGUGUGUAUCGAUCGUGAUCAGCAAUCACCGAAACCAACUGAACAGCAACCAGAAGAAGAAGAAGAAGAAGGAGGAGGCAAAUCCUGGUAUGCUGAUAAGAAUAAUGAGAUGAGCUACGCACUAGCUGGACAACAUCUAUUGCAUGGGUUCGGUAGUAGCCGAGCUGGCCUGAAUCGAUGGUACGAUACAACCAUACAGGUGAUCGUUUCAAGCAAUGGCAUCAACGGUCUUCUGAUCGAACAUUCGGUUGUUGAGGGUAUUGUGAUUAUUAAUAUGGGCGAAUAUGCUUUACGAUUGGUGGAGAAAUUUGCGAAUUCCAGCCAAACGAGCCAAGCAGCAGCUAGUGCCAAUCGGGUGUCAGUAACACCAAAAGCGCUCACCUGGUAUGUUAGUCCAUCAGCGAAAAUGAUUCUGCGUAAAGAAAUCGAGGUGUUCGAUAGAUUAGCGAAAAAUUUGGAGUUGAGGGUGUUGGAGUUUAAAGAUUUCGGUAAGAAUUUCAUCAAAUCAUGUGCAAUCAGUCCCGAUGGCUUUGUACAACUCUCCAUGCAACUUGCUUACUACCGAUUACACGGACGUUUAGUGUCAACGUAUGAGAGUGCGUCGAUACGUCGAUUUCUUCAGGGACGUGUGGAUAAUAUUCGUGCGGCAACACCUGAAGCAUUGCUGUGGGUGGAGACGAUGAUGAGUAGACGCAAGUCAUUGGCACUCAAACGAAAAUUAUUCGAAGAAGCCGCCAAAAAGCAGGCGCUUAUGACUGUCGAGAAUAUCAGUGGUUUUGGAAUAGACAAUCAUCUGUGUGCACUCUACGUUCUGGCUAGCGAACAAGUCAGGCAAGGCAAGCUGCCUCGUCUACCGGAUAUUUUUACGGAUCCGUUUUUUUUUGUCAUAUUUAAAAGUUUCAGUGAAUUUGUUAGUUUCAAAAAAUUUCCGCAUUCAAAUUUUGCUGCUCUGCUCACAACGCCAAAAACUGGUGAGUGGGUGUCUCAAAAUGCCAAAUUUCCAGAUAUAUUUUUUUCCAAAAAAUUUUUCACAGCCAAUGGUACCACAUUUCUAUUUCAGGUGACCACCACCGUCAAGAACACCUACCUGUGCUAUGGGCCAGUUGUAGACGACGGUUACGGUUGUUCGUAUAACAUUCAAGCGGACUCGAUCAUCUACGCCCCAUCAGCCUAUCGCAGCUGUAAAAGUACGGAUGUGGAUAAAUUUAAGGGUGCUCUUGUCGAGUCAUUACGCGAUAUGAAAAUGCUUGUCACUGGAUUGAACCAGUAG